AUGUGGAUACUACCGGUGGAGACCUUGUCCCUCUUGGUGCUGGCCAACUUUGCUCCUGUGCUCGCAGCCAACAGGCGGCAUUUCGAGGAACGAAGUGGUGUCACAUACAAUGUGUUCGUGCAUCACGACACCAACUCGACCGUCUCGUACGUCAAAAACUCUGGCAUCUGCGAGACGACGCCCGGGGUUAACACGUACUCGGGCUACGUGCAGACGGGCGAGAACAUGAACAUGUGGUUCUGGUUCUUCGAGUCACGCAACAACCCUCAGACAGAUCCCGUCGUAGCCUGGUUCAACGGCGGCCCCGGAUGCAGUUCUAUGCAAGCAGUUUUCCGCGAGGACGGACCGUGCGAGUUCGUCGGUGAUGCGACGGAGCCCACGCUGAACAAGAACAGCUGGAACAACGUGGCCAAUAUGCUGUACAUCGACCAGCCUAUUGGGGUGGGUUUCUCGUAUGGCACCAACGCGGUUAACUCGACAUGGACGGCUGCUCCUUACGUGUGGAUCCUGCUCCAGGCAUUCUUUUCAGAGUUCCCUCAGUACGAGUCUCGAGACUUUGCCAUCUUCACUGAGAGUUACGGCGGUAUGUAUGGCCCUGAGUUCUCGCGUUACAUCCAGGAGAAGAACGGCGAGAUUGAGAAUGGCACUAUCUCUGGUACCAAGAUCGACUUGGUCGCGCUAGGCAUCAAUAACGGCUGGUUUGAUGAGGUCGUCAGUGAACAGGCCUACAUAGACUUCGGCCUACGCAACAAGUACAGACAACUCAUCAACAGCACCUAUGCCGCCCAGCUGCAGGUGGAGCUGGACGAAGUGUGCACGCCGGCAGUGCAGAACUGCACCCUCCUUCAGACCAACGCGGCCUGCACUGCGGCUUCAAGCUCGUGUUCCAUCAGUUCCGCUGUCCGUGAGGUUGCCCCAAACUUCUCCACGUACGACGUGCGCGCCAAUUCAAGCAGCGACCCAGGACAGCCUCCGCCCAACUUCCGGGCCUACUUGUACAGGUCCGACAUUCAGGCCGCCAUUGGAGCGCAGAAUAACUACACGCAGUGCAUUUCUGCGGGCUUCGGUGUGACCGGCGACGGGGCGCGCUCUAUGCUGCCCACGCUGGGUGAGAUCCUUGCAACAGGUGUACAAGUGCUGCUUUGGGCUGGUGAUGCUGAUUACACCUGCAACUACCUGGGUAACUACCAGGCCGCUAAUGCGCUCGAGUGGGAUGGACAGACCGGGUUUAAUUCUGCUGAGUUGAUACCUUAUACUGUUAACGGCGUGGAAAAGGGACUGUUCAAGACUGUGGAUAACCUGAGCUGGUUGCAGGUCUAUGACGCUGGCCAUCAAAUACCAUUUUACCAGCCAGAGCUAUCAUUGCAAGUAUUCAACCAGACUAUUCAGAAGAGAGCCAUCACGUCCACUUAG